CUCACAAUUACAUCAUCAGGGGUGUAUAAAAUCUGACCAGGUGGUGAGUGAAAUAAAGCAGUGUCUGGUGUACUGAGAAAGGUAGAUCUGAUCAUACCAUGGCUUCUAAUGGAAAAGACACAACUAUGGCAUCCCCAGAGCAUGGGGAGGAAGAGCAACAGAAUGUCUUGCGGAGGGUGGCCAGUCUACCUUUAGUCAACUCUGCCUAUGAUCUGGCUGCCACUGCCUAUGCUUCUACCAAGGAGAGCCAUCCCUAUGUGAGGUCCAUCUGUGACAUGGCAGAGAAGGGAGUGACCUCCAUAACCAAUGCUGCAGUUAGCAGUGCACAGCCAGUUGUAACUAAACUUGAACCUGAGGCUGAACUUGCUGAAUCUGUGGAAGGGGCUGAAGUGGCUUCAGCACAGCCACAAGAGCAUCGGAGUUACUUUGUGCGUUUAGGUUCCCUGUCAACCAAACUUCGCCAACGUGCCUACCACUAUUCCCUAAACAAGAUGAGACAUACCAGUCAAAGCAUCAGAGAGGCUCUUUCCCAGCUUCAUCAAACCAUGGGACUGAUUGAAUACCUUAAGCAAGGUGUCUCUCUCCAAGAAGUCCAGGAGAAGUUCCAUCACAUAUGGCUGAGCUGGAAUAAGGAGCAGCCAAAAAGCAGUGAAAUGAAGGAUUUGGCAAAACCAGAGAUGGAGUCUCAGACUCCGGCUAUGUCCCGCAGCAUUAUCCAGCAGCUGCAGGAUGCCUGCCAGCUGCUAGUAUCCAAAAUUCAAGGUCUCCCCACCAACUUUCAGGAGAAGGUGAAACAAGUGUAUCGCAACAUUGAAGAGCUUCAUGCAUCCUUCUCCACUGCCCAUUCCUUCCAGGAUCUCUCCAGCAGCCUCCUAACCCAGAGCCAGGAGAUGGUGACCAAGGCCCAGGAACAUGUAGAUGAGCUGAUGGCAUAUGUGAUGGAGAAUACUCCUCUGUCUUGGGUUGUGGGACCAUUCAUCCCAUCUGGAAAGUUGUCUGCAGACUCGCUUGAACCACAAAACCAAGAAAAUGAGGCUGAGGAAGCCUCCAAGUCUAAGGAGGACCUGUGACCUGGAGGACCUGAAACUCCAACUUCUAAGGAAGAAGGCAAAUUCAUUUAGUCUUCCUUCUGACUUCGUCUGUACUGUCAUACUUCAGGAAAGACACCAGUGGCAUAGUACUAGUAUGCACUGUGCCUAAAUCUCUACCAAUUUCUGGAGGUGUUGUGUGACUGCUAUAAUGUAGAUCACUUCUCAGCUCAGAUACUACUUGUUUGUGCUAUCACUGUCUUCAUUCAAAUGCAAUGACAUUUUAUUUUGAAGGUCUAAUCUGCUGGUGAUUUCCUGUUCUAUAGUAGACAUAUGCACCUGCAAUUAGUUAUGCUAUAUGUAGCCUUGUUUGCCAUAGCAGCAACCACUGGCAUUAGUGUGUAGACACUUAAGCCUGGGCAGCUUACCCCAUAUACCAUAGAACCAAAUCUAGAACUUAGAAAUUAAGGCUCUAGAUCAACUACUCACCUGUAAACAUGCUUUAGUUUCUAGUUAAACUUAGAACAGAGACAUUCCUUUUCUACCACAGCCAUGAGAACAAUUGCACUUAGCUUUUCAGAAGUUGCUCCCCAAAAUCCCAACAGUGCAGUUGGUUUAAAAUUCCUACCACUGUCUAGUCAACCUGGGCUAGACACUACCUGGGUUGCUCAGUCCUGGCCCCUGCCCCAGGAGAGAACAGGCCUGGGAUUCCUUUGUCCAUCUCAAAAUAGGGCUGUCCCUAGAGGGGCUCUAGGGCAUAAAUGUCAAUCUAUAAAAUAUUGGUUAUUCUGGUGGGUGGACGUAUUAUUUCAACCACCUAGAAAAUCACUGAGUCGGUAUCAAGGCUGCAUAUUUCCACACUUCACAGCUGGAAAUGUGAAAGGUUGUAGAUGCAAUCUUCACCCUUAGGAAAGCAGGCCCUUUAA